GGCUGAGCGCGAAGACCUAGCCCCGUCAAAAUGGUGUACACGGAGUUCACCUGGAUCUUCGUCUGCUCCAUCUUCCUGGCGCUGUUCGUGGCCUAUGGUAUCGGCGCGAACGAUGUGGCCAACGCGUUCGGCAGCAGCGUGGGCGCCAAGGCGCUCACGAUGAAACAAGCGAUUGUGAUAGCGGCAUUCUGCGAGUUCGGCGGCGCCGUGCUGCUGGGUGCGGGUGUGACCGACACCAUUCGCGGCGGGAUUGCCGACCUCACCUAUUACAAGAGCAAGCCCGACCUGUACAUGUACGGCAUGUUGUGCGCAUUGCUGGCCGCCGGCAUCUGGCUGCUGCUGGCCACAUUCCUGGAGCUGCCCGUGUCCACCACCCACUCCAUCGUUGGUGCUGUCAUCGGCAUGUCGUGCGUCGCUGGUGGCUUCGACUCUGUGACCUGGAGCGCCGAGAAGGACAGCUUCCCCUUCCUCUCUGGAGUGUCAGUCAUCGUGAUUUCGUGGUUCACUUCACCAAUCCUGGCUGGCGCGGUUGCCGCCCUCCUGUUCCUCUUCACUCGCCAUGCCGUGCUGCGCCGCAAGAACAGCUACAAGCUGUCUCUGUUUGUGCUGCCCGUCCUCACCCUGCUCACCGUCUACGUCAGCUGCUACUACAUCAUCCAGAAGGGCCCCAAGCUGGCCGACAAGGUGUCUGAAGAAACCAACGCCUGGAUCUCCGCCUGCUUUGCCGUGGGCGGCGCCCUGAUCGCCGGCCUGAUCGGUGUGCCGCUGAUCAAGCGCCAGGUGGAGCGCGACUGGGAGGAGUUGAACAAGCCUGAGGGUGACAUGGAGUCUGGCUCCGACACCGCCGCCAGCCCCGAGGACCUCGAGAAGCCCGCCAUCGGCGCUGGCCACUCCUCCCGCACCCCCGCCAUGUUCAAGGACAUGCGCAAGUCGAAGCUGUUUGGCGCAGUCAGCAAGUCUUCCAACUUUGACAUCCACGAGGUCAUCGGGGAGGACAAGACCGUCAACGAACUGCACAACAACGCCGAGCAGUUCGACCGCAAGACCGAGAUUUCCUUCAAGUACCUGCAGGUCUUCACCGCCAUGUGCAACAGCUUUGCCCACGGCUCCAACGAUGUGGCCAACGCCGUCGGCCCCUUUGCCGGCAUCUACGCCGUGUGGCAGUGCACGUGCGUCUCCUCCAAGUCCGAUGUCCCCAUCUGGAUCCUGGUCAUUGGCGGCGUUGGCCUGGUGAUUGGCCUGGCCACCUACGGCUACAAGAUCAUGCGCGUGCUGGGCGUGAAGAUGACCAAGCUGACCAACUCGCGUGGCUACUGUGUGGAGCUGUCUUCUGCUGCUGUCAUCAUUGUGGGCUCCCGCUAUGGCCUGCUCCUCUCCAGCACCCAAUGCUUGGUGGGUGCUGUCACCGGCGUGGGCCUGGUGGAGGCUGUGUCUGGCCGCAAGCCUGAGAGCUCGCACACCGACAACAAGCGUGCCUUCAACUGGAAGCUGCUGAUCAAGUUCUUCUUCGGAUGGGUGGCCACGCUGGUGGUUGCUGCGACCACUUCUGCGGCCUUCACUGCCCAGGGCGUCUACGCUCCAUUCCGCACCGACACCUACCAGCGCGUGGCUGACACGACAGAGCUCAACACCACCGCAAACUACAUUGCCGGCAACAUGUCUGUGUAUGCCGCUGCCACCAACAACGCGCUGUUCGCGGAGCAGGCCAACAUCAUGCUGGCCGCCUGCAACAGCGAGGCCGUGCCGAACCCUCCCACCAGCUUUGACUACAUCAGCACGUGCGUCGAAACUGUCAUGAACGCGCUAAACAUCACCACCUACCCCCAGACCGCUUGAAUGUGGGCCUGAGCCGCUCCAGCAGCAUCCCGCUGGCACCAGCAAGGCCACCUCAGCAGCACCCCACCAUUACUGCUCCGCCACGCCUCACCGUGCGUCAACUUGCUGCGCUCUUGACCUGCGGCAGGCUUCUGGCCACUUCUCUUGGUGUUUCAGCCGGCUGGCAUCUACAUACCAUUCUUGUGACCUGUCCAAAUGGACAGCAACCUCUGCAUAUCCCUUGAAAACUUUCAAUUCCUUUUCUCCCAAUGUCUACCCACCCCCAACUCAACAGCCGCCUCCCUUUCGCCAUGAUGAUCAUCAUCAGGCGUUACUUUUCAUUUCAAAGCACUGAAGCACUGUGGCUGGGCAGCGUCUGUAAAGCAGCGCCAGCC